AUGGGCAGAGCAGCCGCGCGUGCAGGGCAACAGCGCGGAGCAGGGCAGGGCAGCCGCGCAUGCAGGGCAACAGCGCGGAGCAGAGCAGGGGCAGCAAUAGGCGGCAACGGGCAGCACAGGCACGGGCAGCAACGGGCGGCAACGGGCAGCACAGACACGGGCAGCAACGGGCGGCAACGGGCAGCACAGGCACGGGCAGCACAGGCACGGGCAGCAACAGGCGGCAACGGGCAGCACAGGCACGGGCAGCAACGGGCGGCAACGGGCAGCACAGGCACGGGCAGCAGCGGGCGGCAACAGGCACAGGCAGCAACGGGCGGCAACAGGCAGCACAAGCACGGGCAGCAACAGGCAGCACAGGCACGGGCAGCAACGGGCGGCAACGGGCAGCACAGGCACGGGCAGCAACAGGCGGCAACGGGCAGCACAGGCACGGGCAGCAACGGGCGGCAACGGGCAGCACAGGCACGGGCAGCAACGGGCGGCAACGGGCAGCACAGGCACGGGCAGCAACGGGCAGCAACAGGCAGCACAGGCACAGGCAGCAACGGGCGGCAACAGGCAGCACAGGCACGGGCAGCAACAGGCAGCACAGGCACGGGCAGCAACGGGCGGCAACGGGCAGCACAGGCACGGGCAGCAACAGGCGGCAACUGGCAGCACAGGCGCGGGCAGCAACAGGCAGCAACGGGCAGCACAGGCACAGGCAGCAACGGGCGGCAACAGGCAGCACAGGCACGGGCAGCAACGGGCGGCAACGGGCAGCGAUUCUGGGUGCGGGAGAUAGGGAAACCGGGAAAGAAACAAGAGGUGUAA